AUGACACCUACAACCGGCGAAAAAGAUCUCUCAAUCCUAUUGGCGACAAUGCAGCCAGUUCUUGACACAACAGUCUACGUCUUCCUUACCACAAAAGAACCUCUAUCUUCACUCCCACUAGCUACCCUUCGACCACAACUGACCGUCCAAGAAGACGAGGGUACCACAAUCGUCACAACCGAGGCCCUAGCCUUGUCGCAUGGGUUUACAGAAUCCGUCUUUCCCUGCAAGAAGGUUUCUCUUAAGAUUCACUCGAGUCUGGAAGCGGUCGGUUUGAUCGCUACAAUCACCAAUCGCCUGAAGCUUGACGGGAUCAGCACUAAUGUGGUCAGUGGAUACUUUCAUGAUCAUAUUUACGUUCCGGCGGGGCGGGCAGAGGAUGCGAUGCGGGUUUUGAUGGAGUUGGUGGCGGAGGCGAAGCAAUAG